UUAAUGACCGUAUAAAAGACUGAGCAAUGCAUUGAAUAAAGUUAGUUAUCUCUAGAAACUCAACGAGCUUGUAUUCUACUCAGUCUCCUAGCUCAGGAGAAACUAUCUGAAGACUAUAGUUUGGUAUCACUGUCGUCACAAUGUACAAUGGAAAGACAUUGCUGGUGGCUCUACUCUCAAUCGCUUCUCACAUAAAACGUGACAAUGAGUCAAAAACGUUACUGGCGAAGACACAAGUGGCUGAGCCCGAGUAUGACAUCAUAAUUGUUGGAGCAGGAUCGGCAGGAUCUACGCUCGCCGGACGACUUUCUGAACAGAGCGAUCUAUCAAUUUUAUUAAUGGAAUACGGUGGUACAGAGUCGGUUGCCACUGACAUCAUAGCAGAACAAGUUAUUUUGUCGACUCCUGACUCUAAUAACACGUGGUAUUACGAGCUGGAGCCACAAGGACAAAAAUGUCUACCGAAUAAGCAUCAGCCGUGGUAUUGGCAAGCUCAUCGAGGCCUUGGUGGUGGUUCGACAAUGAACAAUAUGGUCUACAAUCGGGGAGAUGUUCAACGAGAUUAUGAAUGGGAAUCUAUGUAUGGCGCAAAAGGUUGGUCAUUUCGGGAUUUUUUGCCAUAUUUCGUUAAAUCGGAAGAUAAUCGUGAUCCGAGAGUGGUAAGGCGAAACAGAUGUUUUCACGGAAAAGGUGGUCCUUUGACAGUUGAAACUAGUCCAGACCCAACACCACAAACCGCGGCGUUCAUUGAAGCGAUUGAAUCGUUGGGCUAUCAAAGAACCGAUUUUAACGGACCGAAUCCUAUUGGUAUAAGUAAUAUGCAACGGACAAUGCGCGACGGCCGACGAUGCUCAACAGUAAAAGCAUUUCUUGAACCAGCAAUUAAUCGAUCAAAUUUACAUGUUUUAACUGAGGCAUUUGCUACAAAAAUUCUAUUUGAUCGUAAAAAACGGGCGACAAGUGUUGUAUAUCGGCAGGGAAGCCAAUAUCAUACUGUAAAAGCGCGCAAAGAAAUUAUACUAUCCGCAGGAACUGUUGGUUCAGCAAAGUUGUUGUUGGCAUCCGGUGUUGGUCCAGCUAAACAUUUGCGAGAUCUCGACAUUGACAUUGUGGCUGACUUAGCCGGAGUAGGUCAAGGCAUUCAAGAUCAUGUACGAUUCGACGGCUUUCAUUUUAUUGCUAACGAACCAGAUAUGACCACCGACGAUGCCUUGUUAACAUUAACCAAUCUACAGAAUUAUUUCGAAAAUAGCCGUGGCCCGCUAACACUAAUGAAUUGGGCAAUGUUCAACUUUAAAACGAGUGCAGGCGACGACAACGAAGAUUGGGCUGAUGGUGUUAUGUAUUGGGAACCGCCCCAACUGAUUGAUAAUAAUGUAGUUGAACCUGAUCCCAGACACAAAACUGAAUUUGGUAUCCGUGGUGACAUUCUUCGUCCGAAAAGUAGAGGAUACAUCGAAUUAAGGUCUAAGAAUCCCGACGAUCCACCGAUCAUCGAUCCAAAAUAUUUAACUGAAAAAUCCGACGUUGAUGUAUUUGUCGAAGUUUUGAAAAUGCAACUGAAAAUCAUCAACACACCUUGCUUCCGAAAUCUAAACAUGACAAUGUAUCGUGUGCCUGAACUGGACAAGUGCUGUGGCAAAUUCCUCCCGAAAAAAUUCAAGGAUAUGGAUCCCUAUACGAUCAAGUACAGUGAUGAGUUUUUACGCUGUGCAGUAUUGACGUACUUUACAGUAGAUCAUCAUUAUGUCGGAAGUUGCCGAAUCGGCGAAAAAACAGAUCAUAUGGCAGUUGUGAACAAUCGACUAGAAGUUUUGGGUGGUGUGAAGGGACUUCGUGUCGUUGAUGCAUCGAUCAUUCCGUUUGUACCGAGUGGAAACACAAAUGCACCAGUAAUUGCUGUUGCUGAAAAAGCAGCAGAUAUUAUCAAAGAAGACCAUUUUGCCGCUGUUAUCAAACCCAAACUACCAUCCGGUUGCUCGUGGUCGUAAUAAUUACUUUAAUCCAUCUGUACUCCCUUUAGUUCAAUAAAUAAAUGCAACGAAAAAAUAACUGAAUUUCGUUUG